CUUGCCCUAGUGUGACCGGGCGAGGCCGGGAGAUGUCGACCCCCCCCCUGGCCGGGGCGGGGAUGCCGCCGGGCGCUUUCUCCGGGACGCAGGCUCAGGCUGCCCGGGAGGUGAACACGGCUUCCCUGUGCCGCAUCGGCCAGGAGACCGUGCAGGACAUCGUCUUUCGAACCAUGGAGAUCUUCCAGUUACUGAGGAACAUGCAGUUACCAAAUGGUGUUACUUACCAUACUGCAACAUAUCAAGACAGACUGGCAAAGCUGCAGGAACAUCUCCGUCAGCUAUCAAUACUCUUCAGAAAACUGAGAUUAGUCUAUGACAAAUGUAAUGAAAACUGUGCUGGGCUUGAUCCUGUUCCCAUAGAACAACUUAUUCCAUAUGUUGAAGAAGAUGGCUCCAAGCAUGAUGAUCGUGGUGCUGCAAGUCAGCUUCGUUUUGCUAGUGAAGAGAGAAGGGAAAUCAUGGAAGUUAAUAAGAAACUGAAACUGAAGAAUCAGCAGCUGAAGCAGAUCAUGGAUCAGUUACGAAAUCUUAUUUGGGACAUAAAUGCCAUGUUGGCAAUGAGGAACUGAACAAGGAAAAUCAAACUUUGUAACUGAAGAAGAUAAAAAUCUGUUUGGAAAUACUUAACUUCCUUCUAAGAAGUAACAUGUUUUGCCACAAUUAUAUUGCAGUAAUGUUUGAAAAGUCUUCAAGAUUAAAACGCUGGGUCAUUUUCUAGUGAUGUAAAUGGUGUUGGGUUUAUUUUUAUAGAAGAUUCAUGCUAUAAGUUUUACCAGUGGGAUUCUUCUGCACAGCCUCAGUAAUUUACAGUAGUAGUUUGGAUUGCUAUGUAGAUAGGGGGUUUUAUAAAUAAAGCAUU